GUACACAAUGAAUCUAUUUUUAUGAUGGACCGCCUUUAAAACAAGUCUUGUUACAACUAGCUGUUUGAAAAACUGGUUGGAGAAAAAUCCAGUUUGAACAUGUUACUGUAUUACAUUCUCUUCAUAAUUUGUCAAAAAAAGCUAGCCUAUGCUGAUGUUUUCAUUUCACAACAAAAUGGAAAAGAUGACGCGUCGUGUGGAACAUUACUCUUGCCUUGCAUGUCCCUCCAAUAUGCUUUUACCAACAAAGUAAAAUCAACUGAAUCCAUCAAGUUGGAUAGUGGGAGCACGAACCCAUAUGUAUAUGUUGUCGACAAAUCAAUUCAUGGCCCAAAUGAUAUUUCCGUCACAAGUUACCAAAGCAAUUACUUUCGUCCUGUUAUAUUUAUGUUAAAUAAAGAAACAUUGGAAAAUCAUUUAUUUGUAGCCGAUGGAAAAAAUCAAAUGAGACUCCAUGUUCAAAACAUUGACUUUCGGAAUACACCUCUACUUACAUUUAACACAAGUUGCGAUGUUAUAAUUGUUAACUGCAGUUUUACAAACACACCAAGUGCUGUGUUACGUCGAGAUAAAACUACCACAAAGAGAAGUCGAGACACUGUUGUCAUUUAUAUAUCGUACAGUAACUUUAACCUCUCUAUGGCUAUGAUAAUUUGUUGUGUAAGAGAUAUUAAUGUGGUCCUAUACAAAUGCAUUCUCCAGGGAGAGAACAGUAAUGCGUUGUACAUCACAGAAAUUGCAAUAAAAGGUAUUGUUAAAAUUACGAAUUGUUGCAUUUCGACAUGGAAGGGUCCUGUGAUAAAUUUCGGAAACAAGUGUAUUUCAUCAAUUAAUAUCAGAAACACAUCAUUUUUAAAAACCAAUUUUGCUCCCUUAAAGUGGGGACUUUUCGUAUACAAGUGUUUAGAAGUGUUUAUUGAUAAAUCAACUUUUUCAAAUUAUCAAAAGUCCGCAGUUGUUAUAAUAAAAGUCAAAAAAGCUAAAAUUACGCAUUGCAAUUUCACAAAAAAUUAUGGUUUUUAUGGAGGUGCAAUUCGAAGCCGAAAAAGCAACUGCAUUAUCAACAAAUGUGUUUUUACUUUUAACACUGCAGACAUGGGUGGAGCUAUAUACAGUGCAGACAAACCAAACGCUUUCGUACAUGGAUUAACUAUCCGACAAUCUGUUUUUUACAACAACGCCGCUACUAUUGCCGGUGGAUCAGUAUACGCUGCGUCACGUUUUUUGGUACACGGAAUCUUAAUAGAGAACAGCCAGAUGCACUCAACAUCAACCAAUGAUUUUACCACAGGAUCUAUUAUCCGAUCCAGCAUAUCAAUAAAUUUAAUAAACGUGUCAAUCUCAAUUACUGGCCCGCUUGUAGACAUACCUAUACUUGAAAUUUUUAAUUUUGAAGAAAGUACGGCUAAAAUGCGCCAAAAAUUUCUUAAUGUGAGUAUAUCAUGCCCAAGAAAUUACGAAGCCAAUAAUUCAAUGACACCAAGAAGAGUCAUUUUUUCUCGAUGUUGGCGAUGUCCAAAAGGAAUGUACAGCAUGGAUAAAAGCAUUAUCACGUUUUCAGGAAGUUUCAAAGAAGUAAAUUUUACUACAAGGACAUCCAAUUUUACAUGCAUAACAUGCCCUCCAGGCGGGAGAUGUGACUCCAAAAUUAAAAGUCGAGGACAUUUUUGGGGAUAUGUUAAUAGAGAUAAUCAGAUACACUUUCUGCCGUGCCCUUCGUAUUACUGCUGUUCACGUCAAUGUGAAUCCUAUAAUGACUGCGGCAAACACAGAGAAGGGAUUUUAUGUGGCUUGUGCAAAAAAGGCUUUCGACUGAACUACUUCAGUGACAACUGUGUUAAGAGUGAUGGUUGUCAUAAGACAUCGUCAUGGUUAUUGUAUGCAUUGUAUAGUGCAUGUUACGUGAUUCUCUUGAUGUACUAUAAAAAAGUGUUUGCAUUUUUAAUGAUGGCUAUAUCAAAAUACUUUCCCAACGAGGACCAAAUUAUCUUGUUUUUUAAAAAGAAAUUAAUCUACCACAGGGUAGAAGAUCUUGAUUACAUUUUAUUCCAAGAAAGCGAAGAAAAAGAAGAAGAAGAAAAAGAAGAAGAAGAAAAAGAAGAAGAAAAAGAAGAAGAAGAAGAAGAAGAAAAAGAAGAAGUAAAGACGACGGAAAAGGUAAAAAACAAAACUGAAGAACCAAACAGCGAUAGUGAGAAUAAAUGCAUUGCUUCUGGCAUUAAGACCAUUCUGUAUUUUUUUUACCAAAUGGAAGUUUUGAUACACAUACCAGCCACAGAACAAGACAGUUACGGUUAUUUACAUCAACUUAAAACUACAAUCUCAAACAUAUUUAACCUUGAGUUAAUUCAAUUCCACAUAUCGAAAAUUUGUUUUGUUAAUAAUCUUGAUGCUGUUUCUAAACGAAUAAUCAAAAUAGGCAACGUGUUUAUGUUAUUCUUGAUGCUCGUUGUUGCUGUUGGCCUCAUUUUUUUCAUUCGUCAAAUAAAAAGAAAGACAAAAUCAAAGAGUUUCGAACAUUUUAGCCAGUGUCACGGUAUGGACAAAAUACGGAAUUGCUUUAUACAAAUUGUGUUACUUGGUUAUACUGGUGUGACCACAUUUUGUUUUAGCAUGCUCCGUUGUGUGGAAAUAAAUAAUCAGAAGCACUUGUUUAUCAAAGGUGAUGUUAUAUGUUACACAUGGUGGCAAUAUUGCAUUCUGCUCAUAAUACUGUUGUGGAUUUUACCAUUUGGAGUUUCAGUUUACCUUUCGAUAAAGAUGCUGCAAAUGAGAAAAUUAAACCUGAAAGGUUUUUACUUCUCUUUAGCUUUUCCACUUGCGUCUUUUUAUUACUACUUUCACAAUGUUUAUCGCCAGACCACGUUCAAUGUGAACAGAGAGGAAUUGAAAAAAAUACAGGACGUAUGUGAAAUGUUUACUGGUGCGUUUAGAUCGAACACAUUUGGUCAAAUAAAUUGGGAGUCAGUAGUAAUUGUUCGGCGAUUAUUGAUCGCCGCCAUUUGCAAUUUUGUGAUGAAUCCAGUUGCACGAAUGAUGUUAACGAUACCUUUGCUUUUAUUUUACCUUGUCCAUCAUCUUUACGUGUCGCCAUAUCGUAGCAAGUUUUUAAAUCACUUAGAAACUAUUUCGUUGUCGUUUUUGUUGAUAAUCAAUGUGGAGAACUUGUUUUUUGCUUUCCUUUACAUGAACGAUCAAUCAAGUGUACCUGGCAUCAAUGCAAUCACAAACAUUUGUGUUUGGAUUAAUUAUAUCAUUUUAACAGCACCAUUGCUAAUUUUUGUUGUAUUAGCUAUUGUUGCUGUUUUAAGAAUGAUUUGCGUCCUAAUAUGGAGAUGUGUUGACCUUAUGAAGAUAAACAUGUGACUGAGAAAUUGUUUGCUUAAAAACUGAUAAUUCUUUUUUGCACAUAUUCCAAGUGUCUUAACAUUUGACUUUUCAUAGUUAGGAACGUUUUUCACUUAUUUUUUUAUUUAACAACGAAAUUUUGGUGUUUUUCGCACAUUGAAGCAAACUUUAAGUUUUGAGACUGCUAACACUAAUAUACCUUUCUUUGUAUAAUAAUGUGGACCCUAUAUUGAUAGGAUUUAUAUCUGCAUUAGAUUCUUGAUAUAUAAUUUUGUCAACAACAUUGUUUGUCAACAACAACUGUUGAUCCGCAAAGAUUAAUUGACAUUGUAACUGAUAUCAUCGAAUGCAUCGUGGCUUAUUAUAUUAUCUAGUAAGUAGUUGUAUUUUUAACUGUACGUAUUUUAAAUGUAUGCUAAAUCUAACACAAAAGAAAUUUUCUUCUUUCUCUCCCUUCGACUGGCAAUUGUGUGUCAAACUUUGCACAUAGCUUUGAAAUACUUUUGUCGCAAAAAAAAAAG